AUGCACCAAGAGAGAAACCAGUUUCAAUAUUGUGGAGCAGAGUCUACACAUCCAAGAAGUGAAUGCUCUGCAAAGAAAGCAAAGUGCUUCAAGUGUGGAAAAGACAGACAUUAUGGCUCUGUUUGCAAGUCCAAAAGCAAAGGAGGGAGUGUUAAUGAGUUACAAACUCAGCCUACUGACGCACCCUUCAACGAAGACAGCACAGCAGAAGACUAUGCACCAGUGUAUUUUACUGCAACUGUGAAUCAUUUGAAGAUGGUAAUAGUAAAGACUCUUAACUGUCCUCUACCACAGCCUCACAUUCACCCUCUUUGGCUUAGUAAGGAGCUCUCAUCACAAAUAAUUGGCUUAGUAAGGAGCUCUCAUCACAGAUUUCCAGAUCUCCUGUGAAAUCAAUACAGCUGCAAGCUGCAACAUUCUACCUCUGUACAAAGCAACAACUCUUAUUGGAACGGAUCUCAAGCUGGGACAACUGACAGUGAAUCUCAAAGGCUACAAUGACAGCCCAGUUGAGAAUCUUGGAUCCUGUUCUGUGUACUUUAAUCAUGGCAAGCAAACAUACAAAGUCUCAUUUGAAGUGACAGACAGCAAAGGUCACAUGAUCCUGGGCAGGCAGCAAGCAUUGCUAAUGGGAUAUGUUAGCUUCCCAGAGAUCCAGCAGCCAGUGGUACGGUCAAGGCCAAAGUAA